UUAAAGGUCCAGUAGUAGUAGUAGUGCUUCUUCUGCUGGUUUCUGCUCCAUUCAGGGGUUUCACAGUGAACUUUCUGAUGCCCGCCAUGAAGUUCGGCGUCUGCUUUCUUGUGUGCUUUUGGUUUCUAAGCGCUGCCGCGGAUCCACAAGCACCAGAGGUCCAAACAAAGCUCGGCAGGCUGAGAGGCCAGUAUGUGAGCGUAAAGGGAAAGGAGACCGGUGUCCACGCCUUCCUGGGUGUUCCCUUUGCUAAGCCCCCCGUCGGCCCCUCCCUGAGGCUGGCUGCCCCCCAGCCUCCAGAGGCAUGGCAAGGACUGAGAGAUGCCACCAAGCAACCCAACAUGUGCGUUCAAGAUGUGGACAUCAUUAACAAUAUGACUGAAAUGAUUGUUGGCAUGAAGGUGGAAAUCCCAGAUGUUUCAGAAGACUGCCUCUACCUCAACAUCUACACCCCUGCAAACAGAGCUCCUGAUGCCAAGCUCCCGGUCAUGGUGUGGAUCCAUGGUGGAGGCUUUGUUAUGGGGUCUGCAUCAGUGUUUGAUGGUUCUGCUCUUGCUGCCUACCAAGAUGUAGUUGUGGUUCUGAUCCAGUAUCGACUGGGACUUCUGGGAUUUCUCAGCACCGGAGAUGAGCAUGUGCCAGGGAACUUUGGUCUUUUGGACCAGAUCCAAGCCCUGAGGUGGGUCAAGGAGCACAUCGACAACUUUGGAGGAAACCCAGAUUUGGUCACCAUAUUUGGGGAGUCUGCUGGUGGUGUUAGCGUUUCACUCCUGCUUCUCUCUCCACUGUCUGAUGGCCUGUUCCACCGAGCCAUUGCUGAGAGCGGGACGGCUGCGAUGGAUGUCAUUGUCAGCGUCGAUCCAGUCCCAGCAAUGCAGGUCGCUGCAAAUGCCUCAGGCUGUAGCUUUGAAAGCACAGAGAAGAUUGCUAAAUGCAUGCUGAACCUUGAUAUUGACACCAUACUGGCAUUAGGGAAGAAUCCAAAUUUCAGAUAUCCUAUAAAUGUGGAUGGACACUUCCUGACUAAGCCUGUGCCGGAGCUAUUCCAGACGCAUCAACUCCUCACUGUACCAUUCAUGACAGGCAUUAAUAAUGAUGAAGGAGGUUUCCUCCUGGCUACUCACUUAGCUCCUCCAAACUGGACAGAAGGAAUGGAUCGAGAGUCGGUUGUAAACGCGCUGUUUGUCUUCUACCCCCUUCCUGAAGCUGCAGCCAUCAGAGACUUGAUUGCUAACGAAUACAUUGGAUCUGGUGAAGACCGCAUCAGAAACAGAAACGGAUUUACUGAGCUGCUUGGAGAUUUCUUUUUUACUUUUCCAGCCAUUAAAACAGCAAAUGCUCACAGAGAUGCGGGCGCGGAUGUGUAUUUGUAUGAGUAUCAUUACGCUCCCAAGUUCCUGCAGAAAAUAAGGCCCAGCUUUGUUAAAUGCGACCAUGCAGACGAACUAUUCUCUGUGCUGGGAUUCUGCUUCACAACCACCCAUGUAAAAUUAGUUGAGGCGUGUCCUAAAGAGGAGGAAGAGUUUAGCAGAAUCAUGAUGAGCUACUGGGGCAACUUCGCUCGCACAGGGUCUCCUAACGGGGAUGGUCUUGUUGACUGGCCCAAGUAUGGAGCAGAGGAAAGGUAUAUGUCUCUCGACGUGAAGGAGCAGACGUCCCGUCAGUCUCUCAAGAAGGACCGUUUCAUCUUUGUGACCCAAACUCUGCCAGAGAGGAUCAGGGACCAUGAGGAGAACGUGGGGCGCAGCGAGCUGUAGUCCAGUUUCAGGGCAGAGGGAUCCAUAAGUGUUUUUUAAAUCUAAUCUGAUGCAUGCCAUCAGGUCUGCCUAUAACAAUGUAUUGCUUCUUAACAAACGGUACAUAACUUUAAAGUCAUGUACUGUUUAAUCAUUUAGACUACUAUUGGAUAUAUAAUAAUGUAUUCAUGUUAAUUGAAAUACAGUUAAAAUGGGUAAAGA